CGGCUGGCGCGGGGCGAGGCCGGCGGUGGCCCCGGGCUCGACGGCCUCCUGGAUCUGCUGCUGGGGCUGCACCACGAGCUCAGCAGCGCCCCCCUCCGGCGGGAGCGCAACGUGGCGCAGUUCCUGAGCUGGGCCAGCCCCUUCGUAGCGAAGGUAAAAGAGCUGAGGCUGCAGAGAGAUGACUUCGAGAUCUUGAAGGUGAUCGGCCGAGGGGCCUUCGGGGAGGUCGCCGUGGUGAGGCAGAGGGACAGUGGGCAGAUUUUUGCCAUGAAAAUGCUGCACAAGUGGGAGAUGCUCAAGAGGGCCGAGACUGCCUGUUUCCAGGAGGAGCGGGACGUUCUGGUGAAGGGGGACAGCCGCUGGGUGACUGCUCUGCAUUAUGCCUUCCAAGAUGACGAGUACCUGUACCUGGUGAUGGACUACUAUGCUGGUGGGGACCUCCUCACUCUGCUGAGCCGCUUUGAGGACCGCCUCCCACCCGAGCUGGCUCAGUUCUACCUGGCUGAGAUGGUGCUGGCCAUCCACUCUUUGCACCAGCUGGGCUACGUCCACAGGGAUGUCAAGCCAGACAAUGUCCUGCUGGACAUGAAUGGUCACAUCCGCUUGGCUGACUUCGGUUCAUGCCUCCGUCUCAACAACAGUGGUAUGGUGGAUUCGUCAGUGGCAGUAGGGACCCCGGACUACAUCUCCCCCGAGAUCCUGCAGGCCAUGGAGGAAGGCAAAGGCCACUACGGCCCACAGUGUGACUGGUGGUCCCUGGGCGUCUGUGCCUACGAGCUGCUCUUUGGGGAGACGCCCUUCUAUGCUGAAUCCCUGGUGGAAACCUACGGCAAGAUCAUGAACCAUGAGGACCAUCUGCAGUUUCCCUCAGACGUGCCUGACGUGCCGGCCACUGCCCGGGACCUGAUCCGCCAGCUGCUGUGCCGCCAGGAGGGGCGGCUGGGUCGUGGGGGGCUGGACGACUUCCGGAACCACCCCUUCUUUGAAGGCGUGGACUGGGAGCGACUGGCAACCAGCACCGCCCCCUACAUCCCCGAGCUUCGUGGGCCCAUGGACACCUCCAACUUCGAUGUGGAUGACGACACCCUCAACCAUCCGGGGACCCUCCCACCACCCUGCCACGGAGCCUUCUCCGGCCACCACCUGCCAUUCGUGGGCUUCACCUACACCUCGGGCAGUCCGAGCCCUGAGAGCCGCUCUGAGCAGCUGGCUGCCCUCGAGCAGCAGCUCCAUUGUCUGGAGCAGGAGAAGAUGGAGCUGAGCCGGAAGCUCCAAGAGGCCCUGCAGGUCUCCUCAGACCACCGGGAGCUGGAGCGCCUACGGAAGGAAGUGCAGACCCUACAGGGCAGGCUGUCAGAGACACCGAGGGACAGCAAGGCCCAGACGGAGGGUGGUAGCCUGGGCCAGGACUGCGACCUACGGCAGGAGCGAGACCGGCUCGUCCGGGAGCUGGCCGAGGCUCAGGCAGGGCUGCGGGGGCAGGCACAGGAGCUCCGCAGAGCCCAGGAGCGGCAGGAGGACCUUCUCCAGAGGCUGCAGGAGGCCCAGGAGAGAGAGGCGGCCACAGCCAGCCAGACCCAGGCCCUGAGCUCCCAGCUGGAGGAAGCCCAGGACAGCAGCAGAAGGUUGCAGGCCCAGGUGGCCACCCUCUGCCGGGAGGUGACCCAGCUCCAGAGACAGAGGGAGCGAAGUCUCGAGAAGGAAUCUUUCCGGGUCAAGACCAUCCACACAGCCUCUGAGACCAAUGGCACGGGGCUGCCUGAGGGCGGGCCUCAGGAAGCGCAGCUGAGGAAGGAGGUGGCUGCCCUGCGUGUGCAGCUGGAGCAGGCCUGGGGCCGCGGGCUGAGUGGGAAGGAGGAGGCUCUGUGCCAGCUACAGGAAGAGAACCGGCGGCUGAGCCUGGAGCAGGAGCGGCUGGUGGAAGAGCUGGAGCGGGAGCAACAGAGCAAGCAGCAGCUGGAGGGCGAACGGCGGGAGACGGAGAGCAACUGGGAGGCCCAGAUCGCGGACAUCCUCAGCUGGGUGAAUGAUGAGAAGAGCUCAAGAGGCUACCUGCAGGCCCUGGCCACCAAGAUGGCCGAGGAGCUGGAGUCCUUGCGGAACGUGGGCACCCAGACGCUCCCUCCCCGGCCGCUGGACCACCAGUGGAAGGCCCGGCGGCUGCAGAAGAUGGAUGCCUCUGCCAGGCUGGAGCUGCAGUCGGCCCUGGAGGCCGAGAUCCGGGCGAAGCAGAGCCUGCAGGAGCGGCUGACACAGAUGCAGGAGGCCCAGCUGCAGGCCGAGAGCCGCCUGCAGGAGGCCGAGAAGCAGAACCAGGGCCUGCAGCAGGAACUGGCUGCGCUGCGGGAGGGACUGGUGGCCCGCGGCCCAGGGGACACUAAGCCCUCGAACUCCCUGAUUCCCUUCCUGUCCCUCCGGAGCUCAGAGAAGGAUUCCGCCAAGGACCCUGGCCUCUCAGGGGAGGCCCUGAGGCCUGGUGUGGAGCCAGAGCUGAGGCCAGAGGGCCGCCGCAGCCUGCGCCUGGGGGCCGUGCUCCCCAAAGCACCUGCUGCUCCCACCGCCCCUGCAGAAGGUCCUCCUGUAAAGCCUGGCUCACACGCGCUGCGGCCCCGGAGCUUCCCAUCCCCUACCAAGUGUCUCCGCUGCACCUCGCUGAUGCUGGGCCUGGGCCGCCAGGGCCUAGGCUGUGACGCCUGUGGCUACUUCUGUCACUCAGCGUGUGCCCCCCAGGCCCCGCCCUGCCCUGUGCCCCCUGACCUCCUCCACGCAGCCCUGGGAGUGCACCCCGAAACGGGCACGGGCACAGCCUACGAGGGCUUCCUGUCGGUGCCACGGCCCUCGGGUGUCCGGCGCGGCUGGCAGCGCGUGUUCGCGGCCCUCAGCGACUCCCGCCUGCUCCUGUUUGACGCCCCUGACCCACGGCUCAGCCCGGCCAGCGGGGCCCUGCUGCAGGCCCUGGAUCUGAGGGACCCCCAGUUCUCAGCCACCCCGGUCCUGGCCUCUGAUGUUAUCCACGCCCAGUCCAGGGACCUGCCCCGCAUCUUCAGGGUGACAGCCUCCCAGCUGACCGUGCCCCCCGCCGUGUGCACCGUGCUGCUGCUGGCCGAGAGUGAGGCCGAGCGGGAGCGCUGGCUGCAGGUGCUGGGCGAGCUGCAGCGGCUGCUGCUGGACACGCGGCCAAGGCCAAGGCCGGUGUACACACUGAAGGAAGCCUAUGACAAUGGGCUGCCACUGCUGCCCCACGCGCUCUGCGCCGCUGUCAUCGACCAGGACCGGCUUGCUCUGGGCACCGAGGACGGGCUGUUUGUGAUCCACCUGCAUAGGAAUGACAUCUUCCAGGUGGGCGAGUGCCGGCGGGUGCAGCGGCUGGCUGUGAGCCCCGCGGCGGGCCUUCUGGUCGUACUGUGUGGCCGUGGCCCCAGCGUGCGCCUCUUCGCCCUGGCCAAGCUGGAGAGCGCGGAGGUGGUGGGUGCCAAGAUCCCCGAGUCUCGAGGCUGCCAGGUGCUGGCAGCCGGGUGCAUCCUGCAGGCCCGCACCCCCGUUCUCUGUGUAGCCGUCAAGCGCCAGGUGCUCUGCUACCAGCUGGGCCCAGGCCCGGGGCCCUGGCAGCGCCGCAUCCGAGAGCUGCAGGCACCCGCACCUGUGCAGAGCUUGGGGCUGCUGGGCGACCGGCUGUGCGUGGGAGCCGCUGGUGCCUUCGCCCUCUACCCGCUGCUCAACGAGGCUGCGCCCUUAGCGCUAGGGGCCGGUCUGGUGCCCGAGGAGCUGCCACCGUCCCGCGGGGGCCUGGGCGAGGCGCUGGGUGCCGUGGAGCUCAGCCUUAGUGAGUUCCUGCUGCUCUUCACCACUGCGGGGGUCUAUGUGGACAGCGCCGGCCGCAAGUCUCGCAUCCACGAGUUGCUGUGGCCAGCAGUGCCCACAGGCUGGGGUAAGGCCUGCAGAGGGCCGGGCUGCGGAGGGUCCUCCUGCCUGACCAGCCCCUGCUCUGCCCUCAGUGGACUGCACCGGAUCUUCCUCUCCCAGGCCUUUGCUCAUGCUCUUCCCCCCGCCUAAACUGUUCUUCCUGUACCAGGCAAACUCUUUU